AGCUCUUAUCACUCCGCAUCUAUAAAGACAAAGAACUACCCCCAAGUGCCCCUCGCCCCCCUCUAUUACCGGCUUGCACCGGAACCUUACCAGGAUAAAACUGGAGCAGACUCGAGUUGCUUUCUUUCUUUAGUCGUUUCGCCCCAGUCAGACCCUUCCAUUCCGAGAGCAUCAUUUGUCAAAUCGCACGACUUAUCUUAACUAAGCAAUCUUCAACUCGACGACUGAUUUACGACUUGACGAUUUUUAUAUUCCAACGACCGGCCAUUACACUCCAAUCGAGCAGCCACUUCCUCUCUACGCACUCUCGAGUCUAUCGCAUCAAACAGAAAAGCAAGCGCCACGUGAUCCCGCAUCUCGUCGAACCAGUGAUUUGAUGCCCCGUCACAUCCUUUCGCCUUCAAACUUCACCGCUUGCCCUCCUCAUCUAUCUCAUGCAAACCAUGUUGGAUCCGGGUCAUCUUCCAGCAUGGCACACCAUCAUUCCUUUUCGCCGCGGCUGAGUCCCGCUCUUGCUUCUACCUCGUCUCUCCACGAUAUGGCCCGCAACCGAAAACUCCGCCUUCUCGUCGCCGCCACUGGACCCCGCGAUACGUCUUGGGCGCAAGCACUUGUUGUGCGCCUCUCGAAAAAUCCACAGAUUGAAGCGCGAGCGAUCGUCGACGAUGUAGUCCCGCGAUUGACACAAACGAUAAUUGUUAUGCAGAACCGGGGAUUGGCUAUGGGAGCAGGUGAUCGGGCCGACGAUAUCGAAUUCUAUCGGCAACAAGCAUUCGAACUAGUAGAGUGGGCAGAUCUGAUGGUCUGCGUGCCGCUUGAUGCAGACAGCAUCGCAAAGAUGCUGGCAGGCGUUACAGAUACAUUCCUCGGCGAAGUACUCAGAGGAUGGGAUACACAAAAGAGCAUUGUCUUGGUCCCCGGCAUGAGCACACAUAUGUGGUCAAACCCAAUGACCAAGAAGCACAUGAGUAAAUUGCAUCGGAAAUGGAACUGGAUACGUGUGGUGACGCCGAUAUUAUGGCAUUACGAAGGAUCGCCAAACCCUAAGCGAGUACCCAACUGGAACGGCUUUAACGAAGUGCUGGGCAUUAUAAAGAACCAAGCCGACUUGCUGGGAUUGGGGAGAGAUGUUGAGGUUGCCACCGCAAUGGCAAUGACUGAUAGUGCGGACGUAACAGUCCAAUCUAAGCUACCGCCGGAAAUUUGGACCAUCAUCCUUGAUUAUGCUGGAGACUGGGAACUUGCGAAGGCUCUGGGAAUGUACACCAACCUACCGAUGCCCUCACCAUGGACAAGUCAGCCCAGAGACCGUAACGAUCCGUUGAAGGUGUACGAGCACGAGCUUGAGUGGACAGUGCUGACAUGCAACUCCGCGGCGAUAUGCAAAAAGAUAUCGCAAUCUCCACCAGAAUUCAACGAUAUAUCAGCACUGGUUAUUAAACUAGUGAUCAAAUUUGGUCUUAUUGAUGUGUUGGCUUAUAUGGAAGCCAACCGACCUGAUCUUUUUAAAGCAUUUGACGGAACGACGUUACCAACCAAAGCCUCUGCUUAUUAUCCACGCACUGAUGUGCUGGACUAUUGGAAACAGAGCGCUUGGUUCAGAGACCGUCAUGUAUAUGACGCAGAAGCUGUCGACGGUGCCUCCAAGUUUGGGCAUGUUCGUGUUUUAGAUUGGUGGUGGCGUCGGUCUGGAUUGAACAUGCGUUAUACAGAGUCUGCAUUGGAGCAAGCUAGCGGAAAUGGACAUCUCUUGGUUCUCGAGUGGUGGCGCGAUGCAGCAGCACAGGACGACAAGGUCGUUCUACGACCGGGCCGGUCACUAUUAUGGGCAACACAGCAUGGACAAGCUGAUGUGUUGCGGUGGUGGGACGCUUCAGGUAUCCCUGCUGCUCAUGGUGACAGCGUCGCCAAGAUGGCAAGCCGCUGGGGCCAAGUCGAGGUCUUGGAAACUUGGAGACGGCUGAAAGGAGAUGACAAGCUCGUGUUUGACGCCGAGGUUCUCGUUUCACCGACCAUAUUCAAGCACUUGGCGGUGCUUGAGUGGUGGCGUAACUUUGCUCAUGGAGAGCUCGAGGGCAUGGAGGGUCGAAAGCAGAUGGUAGAAUUCCGGACGUGCAACAUCGAAGAGGCUCUUGAGGACAGCAUAGGAGAUCAGAGCGCAGUUCGACGAUGGUGGACACAGAACGGGUUGAACCUAGGACUGCGAGACGAAGAGUGGCUCAAGACACGGUAUCUUUAGAGCACACCUAGACCGCUGAGACUCAUACGGCCACGACUACGCCACAACUCAAAGAUGGAGACCAGCCCCGGUUCCGGUGCAUUGGGUUCAGCAUAGGUGUGGCAGUUUGGAUCCUUGUAUGGCAUUAAAUGCAUGUGCCGCAUGGUAGAGUAGGAUCACUGGAGGUGCCGGCUAGUGCUAGCAUCGGGUAAUGGCGAUCAUGUUGACGUUCCUGGCAUUGGUACAUAUCUUGGAGCGCAGGCGUCAUUUGAGAUUGAUUGAGGAGUCUCUUGUUGAGACUGGUUUCUGUUAUUCAGGCAUACGGAGCGUUUCUUUUGAUAGGAAAAGGGAGGGUAUGGGAUAUAGGUUUGGGAAGACAUGAAAGCGCGAACUGGUAACAAAAUAUCAAAAGUUACGUUUGUGCAAUUUGGUCAGAGUACAUUUAAUGUAAAGUUUCGUGAUACAAACAUAUCAUCUCUUUGAGUAUUUUCAGCAGGGGGGCAUCUGUUGAUCAUAAGAGCAUCGAUCACACUGAG